AUGUACUAUCCUUUUGAAUGGCGCGCACACUCUCAUAAACAACAAGCUCAAGUAGUUAAUAAUAUCUAUUAUACACAACAACAACAACAACAACAACAAGCUCAAGUAUGCAAUGAAAUACAAUGGGUAUCGCGUAAUGAAUGGGCUGGCCGUCCGCCCAGACAACCGGCUAAAACAUUGCCACUGCCUGUCGGACACGCAUUCAUACAUCACACAGUUAGUCCCCUAAACUGUCUGAACCAUAGCUCAUGUAUUCAAGCCGUCAAAUGGGCACAAAACCUACAUAUGGAUGGAAACGGUUGGGACGAUAUCGGCUAUAAUUUCCUAUUAGGUGGUGACCAUCGGAUAUAUAUAGCCAGGGGUUGGUCAGCUCAAGGUAGUCAUACAUUGGGUAUGAAUGACCGGUCAAUAAAUCUGGCAUUUAUUGGUAACUAUGACCUCGAAUGGCCAACCGCUGGGAUGCUUGAAAUGGCCCAAAAAUGGCUGAAAUGUUCACUAGCUAUGGGUAUACUAACCCCAGAUUAUCAACUGCAUGGACACCGGGAUCAGUCGUGUUUGUUUUCAAGUCCCGGUCAACAUGUCUAUGAUCUAAUUAAACAGUGGCCACAUUUUCUAGGCGGACCGUUACCAACGUCUAAGUGCUAUAAAUCUAAUAUAACUACUACUACUACAAGUAGUAGCCAUUGA